AUGGCUCCCUCAGCUAUCUACAACGAUGACGUUGAACCCCCCGUGGUCAUUGGUCCCUCAACCAGAAAGGCCACUCGGCCAACCAAAAUCCUUCCUCAGUCCUUGAUUGACGGAGCUAAACUUUUCAAGCGCGAUACUUUUGAUCCUGCCAAGCACUUGAACCAUCGCACUCCUGAGUCGAUCAUGACGAUGGAAGAGAUCGGAUUGAAGGGCCAUGGCAUUUCACCUCACGCGGCUACUGCACCGUUCUCACUUUUCUCCGAAGAGGCCAUUCGCCAGAUGCGUGCUGAGAUCUUCGACGAGAAAGUUCUCGAAGAAUGCCAGUAUGCCUCUUCAUUUAACACGAAUAUGAUUCGCGGCAUGGGCCCGGCUCGCGCCCCUUUCACAUAUUCUGCUUGGAAGUCUCCUGAGGUUUUGGCUAAGAUCUCUGAGGUUGCUGGUAUCGAGGUCGUUCCCUCCAUUGACUUCGAGAUCGCCAAUAUCAAUGUUUCUAUUCGGGAUGAGAACGCAAAGGUGGAGCACUCCGUGGAUGUCAUGUCUGACAACGAUCUCCCUGCUGUGGCCUGGCACUAUGACAGUUUCCCAUUUGUCUGUGUGACUAUGCUCUCUGACUGCACUGGUAUGGUCGGCGGAGAAACCGCUCUUCGAACUCCCGAUGGACAGAUUAAGAAGGUUCGCGGACCUGCUAUGGGAACUGCCGUCGUUAUGCAAGGGCGUUACAUUGAGCACCAGGCUCUCAAGGCUCUCGGUGGCCGUGAGCGUAUCAGCAUGGUCACUUGUUUCCGUGCUAAGUCCCCCUUGGUCAAGGAUGAAACAGUCCUGGUCGGAGUCCGUGGCAUUAGCGACAUCUCCCAGCUCUACACACAGUACACUGAGUACCGCUUAGAGAUUCUCGAAGAGCGCAUUCGCCACCAGAUGAAGAAGGAACGUGAGCGUGAGAUCGCUAAGCGGCCAUUUAACAUUCCUGAGAUCAAGACAUUCCUCAACCGGCAGAAAUUGUUCAUCGAGUCCAUGUUGACCGAGAUCCAGGAAGUGGAUUAA